AAUAUUUCAUGAAUUUUAGACCAUCAAAGCCUUUUUGCCAGAGAUGAUCAAAAGAAACCACGGUCACGUUGUAAACAUUGCAAGUUCCGCUGGAUUGAUAGGAGUUAAUGGCCUUGCAGACUACUGCGCGAGUAAAUUUGCAGCUGUUGGGUUUGACGAGUCCCUGCGUUUCGAGCUGCAGUCUAUGGGACGGACGGGAAUUCACACCACUGUUGUCUGCCCCUUCUUCAUCAGUACUGGAAUGUUUGAGGGGGCAAAGACGAGGUUUCCCUUUAUUCUGCCGGUUCUGAAACCAGAAUUUGUUGCUGACAAGAUUGUGGAUGCUGUUCUGUGUAACCAGACCAUGUUAUGUCUACCCAGAAUCCUCUAUGUCUUCUUCGCACUCAAAGGAGUGUUGCCUCAUACCUGUCUGCAACUGCUUUGCGACCACCUGGGGGUUAACAAUUUUAUGGAUGAAUUUAAAGGGAGACAAUAGUUUGACAUAUCCAGUGACAGAGUGACUUCCCUUUCUACAAAAGGAUUUAUUUUAAAGGGAGAUUAUAAGUAAAUGUUAACAUAUUCAGUGGCAGAGUGAUAUCCCAUGUUAUGCAAAAAUAAUUGUUGUGAUUUUAUUUAAACAUUUUGUUACAUUAUUGCUUUCCAAUUUGCAAACUAGGGUACCAUAAAGAAUUAUCUGCCCUGUUAUGUUAACAUUGAUUAUUUAUUUUGUUAGAUCUCUGCUAUUUGAUUUCGAAGCUAGAAAUGUUAUUCACCCAUGACAUAUGAACAAAAAAAGAAGAUAAAUGUAUGUGUGAAUGUUUUAGGCGCAUAUCAUAAAAAUAAAAAUCAGCAAGAUUA